GUUAUAUUGCGCUGUGCGCGUUCUCAUAUUCUCAGUCCCGCUGUCUGUCUGAUCAAGUAAGACCACCGUCUGCCAGAACAAGGUUAAAUUCAGUUGAAUAAUAGCCGUUAUCACUCAAGGAUAAACAUGGCUACCAAUCUCCUGAAUGAAAUGAGAAUUGUAAUGGUUGGUAAGACUGGUGUGGGCAAAAGUGAGCUUGGUAAUAGUUUAUUGGGGCAAAAGCAUUUUAAAUCUCAGGGUUUUGCUGGAUCAGUUACAUCUAAAUGUAAAUUUGGAACUCGGAAGCUUUCGCACGGAAUGAAACUGGUUGUAGUAGACACACCUGGAAUUUUCGAUACAAGAAAAUCGAACAAAGAUACAUCCAUGGAGAUAGUUCGCUGCUUUGGUUUGUCGUCUCCGGGUCCCCACAUCUUUUUCUUUGUCUUGAGGAUUGGUAGAUAUACACAAGAAGAACGGGACACCAUCGUAAAUCUUAAAAAUAUCUUUGGAGAGCAGGUGAUGAAAUUUGUGAUUGUUAUUUUUACCGGCAAAGACACCCUCGAACACUCCGAUAACACAUUAGACGAGUAUAUAGGUAGCGACGAAAACUUACAAACGCUGUUGAUUGAGUGUAAAGGUCGUUGUAAAGCAAUAAAUAAUUGGGCUGACAAGAAGCAUCUCAGCAUGGAUGUUGACGCUAUAAUGGAUUUGGUUCAAUGUACGAUUGCAGUCAACGGCGGUAAUCAUUACACAGGAGAAAUGUACGCCGUCGCGGAAAAGGCCCUCAAAGAACGAUUAGAACAGCUAGAAGCUGAAAAAAAUAAAGAAAAGCUUGCACUCGAAAGACGAAAACAAGAAAUCGAGGAGGAAAAUAAGGCACAAAAACAACGACUUGAGAAAGAAAUGAAAAUGAAGCGUGCACAACUGGAAAAGGAGCAGAAAGAGAGGGAAAGGAAGGCCAGAGAAGACCACGAGAAAAAGCAACGUGAGCUUGUGACUGAAGCAGAGCGACUCCAUCAGUUACGCAUUGAAGACGAUAGGAAGGCAAAACUCCAGCAGGACAUUCUACUCCAAGAAAAGGAGAAAUUGGAAGAAGAAAAAGAAGCCGAAAGACGCCGAUCUGAACAAAAGCGACGAGAAAUGGCACAAGAGCAAGAAAGGUUACGCAAAGAGGAAGAAAGAAGGCGUAUUGAACAAGAGGAGGUAGAAGAGAAGAAACGAUUGGAAGAAGAAGAAAGAGCACAAUUGGAAGAAGAGCGGCAAGAGAGAUUAAGGGAAUUUGAAGAGCGGCGACAAGAACAAGAACGAAUCCUUAAAGAAGAAGAGAAAAAAUGGGAAGAAAUGAAAGAUUCGCGUGAGCGCCUCCGACAGGAGCUUGAAAACAAUGAUGGGGUUUUGAACAAAAUAAAAAAUUUCUUUGUCAGCGGAUGGAAACGCUUCGUUUCAUUAUUUGGUUAUUAACAUAGCAAACCCAUAAUCAACUCUCGGAUGGUCGUAAUAUUUAAUGGAAGGAAACACGAUCGCUAUUUAACAAUUUAAUUUAGAAAUGGAUUAGCGAGACUUAGUUAUCGUAACAUCGGUCGAGUUUAUAUAUACGCUAUCCUUAUGAAAACUUUCAACAUUAAUAACUUCGCCCAUAAUAAUUUGAAUGGAAUUUUCAAGAUAUUCCUUUUCAUUAUCUGUCAGCUCUAUAUCUAAAUCUUAUAAAAUGUAUCUUUACAAAUCAAUUUAUGGUAAUUUACAUACAUUGUAAGAUCGCUUCUCAUGUUUUUUUUUGUUUUAUUUAAUAAAACUUGUAAACUUAUUUUCUUUUAAUAUGGCUCUAAUCUUUUGAACCUUAAAAUAUACGAAAUACGGCCUAACAGCAUAUAUUAAUGUAAUAUGAAUGUAUAUAAAGUGAUUUAUAUUAAAAAAAAAUUUAUACGACCACAUUUUCAUGUGGACGUAUAUUGUCGUCGCCCCUGUCCGUCCGUCCGUCCACAAUUGUUUGUGGACACUCUACAGGUCACAAUUCUUAUCCGAUUUUGACGAAACUUGAAAUAUAGGUUUAUCUCCAAAAGAUCUCGGCUGCUUUCGAUAUUGGCAUGUAUCGGAUCGAAACUUCAUGGAUUAUGGCCUCUGUUUGUACGAAAAAUCACGUUUUUAGCUUGUGGACUAUAGAGGUCACAAUUUUUAUCCGAUUUUGUUGAAACUUUAAAUGUAAGUUUAUAACCCAAAGAUCUCGAUUCCUCUCGAUAUUCGCGCAUAUCGGACCAUAACUUCCUGAAUUAUGGCCCCUGAUUGUACGAAAAAUCGCGUUUUUAGCUUGUGGACCCUAUAGAGGUCAUAAGUUUAAUCCGAUUUAAAAAAAAACGUAUUAUUAUAUCACCGUUACACCCUAAGGACGACUGAGUUCGAAUUUCGUGAAAAUCGGCCCAAAAUUGACAGACAAAAUGGCCGCCGUUCGUUCUCAAAUAGCGUAAAAAUAUGGUAUAUCAAGGUUGUGAACCCUAUAGAGGUCACAAUUUUUAGCCGGUUUUGUUGAAACUUGAAAUGUUAGUUUAUAACCCAAAGAUCUCGGUUCCUUUCGAUAUUCGCGUAUAUUGGAACGUAACUUCCUGAAUUAUGGCCCCUGAUUGUGGACCCUAUAGAGGUCAUAAUUUUUAUCCGAUUUAAAAAACCGUAUUAUUAUAUCACCGUUACACCAUAAGGACGACUGAGUUCGAAUUUCGUAGAAAUCGACCAAAAAUUGACAGACAAAAUGGCCGCCGUUCGUUCUCAAAUAGCGUAAAAAUAUGGUAUAUCAAGGGUUUGGACCCUAUAGAGGUCACAAUUUUCAUCCGAUUUUGUUGAAACUUGAAAUGUAAGUUUAUAACCAAAGAUCUCAGUUCCUUUCGAUAUUCGCGCAUAUCGAAUUGUAAUUUCCUGAAUUAUGGCCCUUGAUUGUAGGAAAAAUCACUUUCUUGUUAGCUUGUUCUCUAUCCAUCUCUCGAAAAUGUGGGCGUAUCCUUCCUGGCAGCCGCUGGUUAUAAAAAUAUUCUAAUUUCUAAACAAUUAUGUUCGGUGAAAUACGCGAGCAGUCCAAAUUAAACGGACACCUUUUACGUCUACCAAGCCCAUUCUACACGUUUUUUAAUAUCAUUUUGUCGUUUGUCAAGCAGCCAUUAAUAAUUACUUCGACAUUGUCUUGUAGGAUAUGUUUUUCUUUGCUCAUUACAAAUGGCACCCAAAAUUACAGAAUACACGAUCCGUGUACUGAUUAUAAAAAUUUUCAUUGUGUCUUAAAUAUUGGAUAUUAGGAUCCCACAUUUUCACUGCAAGAUAACAUCUUGAAUAUUGACUGAAAUAGACUGAUAUUGAAUUUCAAUUCGUGUUUUUAAUUUCGAAUAUCAUUGAAAAUACCAAGUUAGAGAUUUAGCUCCUUUAAUAGGUGUACUUAAUUUAACCAUCGUGUAGACUUGUUAUUGCAUAACGGGGCGUUCCUUGAUUGAAAGAGUAGAUUGUCCGCUCUUCGAUGGUUUUACAAUUUAAUUAAUCAGAUGUUUUUUUUAUCUCGUUUUUCGUUUUAUGUUCCAUAUUUUAUGGGUCUCAAUUUUAAAUAACAUCUAACAAGUUUUAUCAUCGUCUCCUUUCUUUUUUCUGGCCGAUAAAAACACAGAUUUUUCAACAAUUAUUUUCUGUAUCAACCAGCUUUAUGCAUAUUUCUUUAUUCGCUUUUGUAGCAAUCUUCUAAUUAAAAAAUAGUACAUACUUUAGAAGUCGAAUUUUUGCCCUAGAAAGAUAUGAUCGCCGUUCUCUGGGAGCCAUGUUGGCCUAGUAUGACGUCGGCACAGGAUGACGUUGGCUCAGUGUGUGUGAGAGAGGGAGAGAGAGAGAGAGUUUACCGUUUACACAACACAAACUAGGUCAUUUCGGGACUAAUGGUUCAAUUUUAUUUCAAUUAUGCGUUUGCGCAUAGGGGUCUUUAGCUGUGGGGGAAAACCGGGCGUCCGGAGAAAAACCAAACCAAGCCACUUUACCCAAUGACUGACCUUAUAAUCUAACACGCACGCGUUAACUAUUCGACAGUCCAAGCCCCUCAAGUUUGAUGGAAAGGGAAUACAAGGUGGCAAUAUAUCAGAUCCAAUAACUCUCUGAAACGCCGACGGGGCUCCGUUAUAGGCUCCCUAAUACGCUCACCAACAACGUUCCUCGUAUCUGCUCCAAAAUAUUUGUCACAAAUGUCCGCAAAUAUGUUAAAAAAUCGAAUGGAAACCAACCGUAACUAUAUUUUCUCCAUUUCUGCCAAGAUAUAGCAGUGACUGACAAUCACUGAAACUUGUACUGGCACUGAAUGCCGGAUUAACCAUUAGGCAAAUAAGGCACGUGUCAUAGGCCCAGCCAAAAAUCCAAGCCACAAAAAAAUAUAGUAAACACUUUUUGAUAAUUAUCAGGUGAUGACCAAUAUGCUUCCCUUUAUUUUUAUGUUAA